AUGUUCAACCAUGUUGACGGCCGAAACUACCGCGAGGAUCAUGCCGUGGCCGGCCCAUAUCCAUGGGUAACCGUCUUCUUCAACUGGGCCGACCGCAGACUCACCGACGAGGAAUUGAUGGACCUCGUCCUGGCCCGAAUUCACGCGAGAGAUGGAAUCAUCUCCUCCCGACCCGUCCACCACGAUGUGAAGAACAUGGCACGAUGGUACAAGGAACACAUCCAGCAUGCGGGAAUGCGGAUCAACCGACUAUACCUUUUCCGUGCGCAAAACCGGAAGGACUGCUGCUACCGAAGGGCUUGGCGAGGCGGCCAGAGUGUCGACGGCUUGGGCCGACUCAAUCGGCAAUGA